GAGUGAGGUCUGUGCCUGCCGACGCGCCUCUCCUGUGCAGCCCCCCUUCAAGAAGAGCUAUUUUUUUAGAGAAAGAGAGAGAGAAAGAAAAGUAAUUUUUUUGAAAGAAAGAAAGAAGGAUCUGCAUAAUACAAGUGAAGUGGAUAAAAGCGCACGGCUGGGUUCUUUUUGCGUUCUCUCUUGCGUUUUGCUCCUCUGGUGUCUGAAUGAAACAGGGAGGCGAAGACAUGGGAGAGCAGCGGAGUGGAGGUUCUGCUCUGUUCUGGGGGGUCGUUCUGUCAGCGUGACUGAGUAAACACCUUUUGCUUUUAAACUUUUUUAAUCUUCACAAACCGCUGAGUUUCACUCCAUCGCUCCCUUUUUUUUGCAGCGCAGGGUUCCCUUUUUGCUCCCCUCUCGGACCGCUGCAGAGACUUUUGUGUUUCUCCCCCACAUUUUUAGAGAAACAGCCCUAAACUUUUCUGCGUUUUAGAAAAAUAAAUAAGAAGAUCGGAUUGCAUUUUCCCCCCUUCAAACAUUUUGGAGGUGAUGUCAUAGUGCUGUGUUUUGGCAGGUAUUGUGUUGAGAGGGCGCAGAGGGGGACUGCUGCAGCCAGGCGGUAACCAGCGGCUGAGUAGAGCCGGGGGAGUUGUCCGGAAAAUCAGGUGCAAAGUGCGGCAUGUCAUUUCCCCGCCGUGUCGCGGGUGGCUGACUCUGCCACCCAGUCACAGCUGCUCUCAUCCCUUCCAGCCACCUCCUUCCUUUGCCUUUUAUUACACCCUCAAUCUGGACUAACCGCACACUACCUGAGCUGGACCGAUUGGGGACCUUAUCAGCAUCUGUCUGGGACAACGUCAGCGGGUGUCACCUGAGCUACAGACGCGCUGCGGUAAGGCGCAGACAUGACAGAGAUCGUAUUGAAUUACCCUGCGCCCGCAGAGCCCCGUUAUCCAGGUCGCCGUUUACUCCAGCAGCCAACCCAGGAAACCCACCUCCAAGAGCUCCAGACCCCGCGCAGCUUGGAUUGAACCAGCUUAUUACUCCUGUCUGAUUGUCAGCAAGUGCCGUUUUUUUUUUCUGCUGCGCCGAAAACUUUUACGCACUGGAUUACGCAUCUGUCCGUGGGGUCGACAAGGUCUAACAGUGCAGGCAAUUUGUGACACGUGAACGUGCUUUCACCUGUUCCUCUCUGUGUCGGGAGCGCGCAGCUGCCCCAUUUGCUGCCCCCGCCCAUCUGCCUUUCCACCGGGCUGGACAGCUGUUAAAGGUUGCCCGGCGGUCAUCACUCACCCCGUCUCGUCUGUGCCAUUCACACCGGGAGGACCGGAGCACGCGCCGCCGAUGCCAACAAGAGUGACCGCUGACACUUUGACUUUGGGAAGCAUCCAUCAGGUUUACAGCGUAAAGAGGGAAUCUCCGGACUGUCGGACUGGCUCAGACCGAGCGAGGAGACCGUCUCUGGGACAAGUUCCAUAGUGGAGGGGGGAAGCAAUGUGGUCCCUUCUUUCCACGUUGACCGUCUUAUGUAUCCAGAUGUUGCUGGUGAUGUGCAAUCCCUUGCAGCAGGUACUUGGCGUGGAUGGAGUCAACUUCAGCGUGCAUGUGGAGAACCAGACGCAGGUGCGAGACACCAUGAGUCGGAGACACCACAGAGUCUACCAGCUCUACAGCCGCACCAGUGGAAAGCACGUCCAGGUGCUGGGACGCAGAAUCAGUGCCAAGGGAGAAGAUGGAGACAAAUAUGCCCAGCUCGUAGUGGAGGCAGACACCUUUGGCAGCCAGGUGAGAAUCCGGGGAAUAGAGACCAACUUCUACCUGUGCAUGAAUCGCCGUGGGAAGCUGGUGGGAAAGAAGGCCAGUAACCGAAGCGCUGAUUGCGUCUUUGUGGAAAUGGUUCUGGAAAACCACUACACAGCUUUAAUGUCGGCACGCUACACGGGCUGGUAUGUUGGCUUUACUAAAAAGGGUCGUCCUCGUAGGGGACCCCACACCCUCCCCAACCAGCAAGAUGUACAUUUUAUGAAACGCUUCCCACCGGGGGAACAGCCUGACCUCACCACACCCUUCCGCUUUACGACCAUCAGCAGGCGGGUCAAAAGGGUUCGCGCCACUGGGACGCGCUAGUAGUGGCUAACACUAGCACCCACGGUGUUGAAGAGCAAAACCCUCACCCUGAGCCUCCAAAUGGCUAACCUAGUCAUCUCAUCUGUUGCACUCGACUGAUCAUCUAUCCCUUUGUUGGGACAAAUAUUGACCAGAAACCCAAUGAAUCAUUAAUGGGGUUCAGCUUUAAGAAUCCUAAUUCAGCACUCCAAACCCCUGGUUAGUCACCGUUUCAAAAACAUUUAUUUCCCCCAUUGGACCAACUGGACUGUAUCUCCAGUGAUGCUGGAAACUCAGAAAGAGCAACAGAGAUCCUUAAGGUCAGUCAGAGUCCAAGACAUGACAAAUGCCUUGAUUCUACAGCCACAUAAACCACAAGGCCUUCCUGUCUGCUGCUCUGGAUCAGGUGGACUGAUGUCAAAAGUGGGCUUAUAACUGGACCAUACAAAGAUAGCUUGGCUGGGAAAGGACUGAACAAGACGAGUGCUUAGCCUAUUGACAAAGGGAAAAUCGGGACGUUCAAGAGGACACAGAGGAAUCUGCUCGGAUCCAGAGGACAUAUAAUAGACAUUUGACAUGUGACGCACUUAUCCGUCUCACUACUAAAGUUGUGGGAACAAAAUGCAGGACAGAAACUAAAAGAAUGAAUGGGGAAAUAUUAAGAGUGAAUGACGCUGAAUAUAUGCAUGUUCUUGAGAGGAUGACAAGGAAAUGUGUAUUGCAUUGAGUGCUUGGAGAUGAAAAUCACAAGACGUUCUGGAAAUGGACUGUACCGUCUCUGCAUGAACCAGGAGAACUCAAUGCAGGGACUAAAGCUUUAAGAACUGGAAUGUACUUAAUAACCAAGCUGCACCAAAUCACAGCAAACCAAACCAACUGCAACCAAAGACAACUGGAGACCUUCUUUAUUAUUCCUCCCUUUUCUUUGCCUCCCCCACGAGGGCACUACAUCCACAGCUUUAAGGUGCAGAAGAUGAUGAGUGCUUGGCUAAGCCCAAGGGGAGGGUGCCUUCUCUAAUAGCAUUGCUAUAGAAACGACCCAGGGGAUGAUGCUCCUGUGAGAUACCGUGGAUACAGAGCGCUGCUACCAGGAUAUUCAGUGGAACAAUCCAGAAUCUCAUGCAUACACACCAGGGAAGAAGACUUAAAGGGAACAAUUUAUUGAAAGUAUAAAUAUAUAUAUAUUAUAUAUUAAAGAAAGACAGAAACGUAAAUAAGCAAUCUUACUAUGAUGGUUACUAUAAUUAUUACGAUAAAAUUAUUUCAUUUAUUUAUUUCA